AUGUUGGGCCAUUGGCAGGUGAACGGGGAGGUGACACUGCUCCCAGUGCUCCUGGCAGACGGGAAGGUGCGGGUCCGUCCCAGUGGGCUCCGCGUUGCUCUGGAGACAGAUUUUGGUCUCCGAGUCUCCUACGACUGGAACUGGCACCUCUUGAUUGACCUCCCCAGCAGCUACUUCCGCCAUGUCCGUGGCCUCUGCGGGAAUUUCAACCUCAAGCCCCUUGAUGAUAUCCCUGAGGCUGGUGACAACAUCACUGCCAUCAUCACUUGGGCCAAAAGCUGGAAAAGUGCUGACUCUGAGGUCGACGACCCAAUUUGUUGGGAUUAUUGUGAUGGAGCAUGCCCAGUAUGUGAUGAGGAGAAGAAGGAGCUUUAUGGCGGGAACCAGUACUGUGGGAUUAUCAAAAAAUCCUUCCAGGGGCCCUUCAGAGCAUGCCACAACAUAGUGAAGCCUCACGACUUCUAUCGCAACUGCCUUUCUGACCUUUGCCUGAGCGAUGGGGCGAGAUCGAUCCUCUGCCAGGUGCUGGAGACAUAUGCAGCGACAUGUCAGAAGCAUGGGGCCGUGGUCCAUGACUGGAGGACGCCAUCAGGAUGCCCCUUACCUUGCCCUGAAAACAGCCACUAUGAGCCCUGUGGCAAUGCCUGUCCAGCCACCUGCUCCAACUGGGACAAUCCGGCCACUUGUGAUCAGCCCUGUGUGGAGACCUGUGCCUGUAACGCUGGCCACGUGCUCAGUGGUGGACAGUGCGUGCCAGUGUCUCACUGUGGCUGCACCCGUGACGGCCGCUACUACCGCCCUGGCGAGGAGUUUUGGGGUGAUGACACCUGUCACUCCAGGUGCAGGUGUGACACGGAGCUGGGAAUGGUGGUGUGCAAGGACUCCAGGUGUAAGCCUGGUGAGGU